AUGGACGGAGUAUACGUGUAUCUCGUAUUUAAAAUACUUUGUGGAUUGCGUAUAGGUAAACUGAAAGGACAUAUAUUAAUAGCUUGCUGCUUUCUAGAUUUCUAUGUACCUAGAAAAAAAAGCAAAAAGAUAGAAGAAAAACCAAAUGCUGCGGGUAGCAAAACUGAAGAGCAACCACACGGCGACGUUGCCAGCCUAUUCAAGAAAAUUGGGACCUCAAUCUCACCAGAAAUGGUACAAAAAACAAGAGCUAUCUUUGUUUUUUUGACCGGUCAAGAAACAGGAAAGUGGUAUAUUGACUUGAAAAACGAAAAUGGAAGUUGUGGACCUGGAGAACCUUCAGUAAAACCCGAUGCAACUAUCACCAUGGAUUGCAAACAUUUUUUCAGUAUGGUCUCAGGCCAGUUAAAGCCCGCUACUGCUUUCAUGAUGGAAAGAAUGAAAGUUGAAGGAAAUAUGCAGCAAGCUUUGAAACUCGAAAAACUCAUGGCAAUUAUAAAGGAUAAACUAUGAGGUUCUACGAUAGACAAUUAUCUAUUUUGAGUAUAUAGUUUUUUGAAUAAAUUAUUUCUCGGGUGAGAUCAAAUAAUAACCUAUAGUCGUCUUGUUCGUCGUACCACACUUGUGGAAGAUUUCAAUUUUGUUUACAAUACCUCAAGAAACCUGCCAUGCAUUUAUUUGUUCAAGACCCCGAAGAAAACUCAUGGAAAAUGGCUUUUCGCUAGAUUUUUAAAAAUGCAUGUUGUACGAGGGUUGUCUCAAAUAUAAGUUUCCCAACGCUGUAUUUUUGCCGCGUGUGAUGCUAGGCGAAAUCUGGCAACACCAUCGAGUUCGACGACUCCCCCACCGCCGAUCCCAACAAGAAGCCCCUAUUUGCCAUGCUCAGUACCGGCCCGAGAGCCCCGUGCAAUGGAGGCGUUCAUCGCCGUCACCGCCAGGUGCAAAAUUCGUGUGGUCAUCCGAUUUUUGCAAGCAAAAACGUGACCACCCAUAGAAGUUCAUCGCCACUUGAGUGAAGUAUAUGGGGAAGCGUGCAUAAACAGUCAUCAUGUCCUCAAAUGAUGAAGAGAGUGCUCAGACGGACGCAUGGACGUCCACGAUGAACAACGAAGCAUCUCCGAGGAAGUUAUGACGACGAUCCAUCAAAUCUUGCUUGAAGAUCGACGAAUCACGAUCCGAGAACUAGCGGUUGAAAUUCCUGAGGCUUCUGAAAAAGCUGAGACAAGCAAUCCAAAAUUGUCGUACAUCAAACGAAGGACUUAAUCGAGCGAUUUGGCACCUAGGGAUUUCAAGCUGUUUCCCAAAUUUAAGGAGCACGUAGGCGGUCACAGGUUUGAGGCGGAUGAGGAGUUGCAAGAAGCAGUUACAAAAUUUCUAAAUGGGCUGGCGCCGGAAUUCCUUGAGGCGGAAUGCAAAGGCGCAUUACACGUCUGCAAAAAUGAAUAGAAAAAAAAUGGCGACUCUGUAGAAAAAUAGAUCAACAUUUGCAAUGGUAAAUUUGUUUUUCAAAUAAAAAAUUCCUUGUGCCUG